CUUCAACCCUAAACCUCUAUCAUAAUCAACAACCAAGCUCCAACUCAAUUACAAUACCUCGAAAACCCCACAAACACGCUUUCUCAGUCCCCUCACACCCGCCCACAGACGAACGACCUCCUUCCUGACCUACCUGGAAUCAAUUACAAUACACCCACCCACCACAUCCAACAUCAGACCCCUCGGAAUCGACAUCGAAACCAAGCUCCCUCACCACCACCUCUCCCUCUCCCCCCAACUACAAAUCCACACACACAUAAACCCGUCGGGGACACCCAUGACGACGCCCACGCAAUCCUCCUCCUCGGGCGGCGGUGCCCCAGGCCUCCGCUACCCGUCCAACAAAAAGACCAUCUACGACCGCAACCUGAACCGGUCGAAGAACGCCGAGCUCAGCCGCGCCGCCUUCGCGUACCUAUUCGUCGAGAUGAUAUCCUACGCGCAGAAGAACGUGCGGAACCUCGUCGACCUUGAAAAACGGUUAAACGAACAAGGCCACCCCCUCGGCCUCCGCCUCCUCGACCUCCUCCUCUCCCGCACCUCCAACCCUCUCUCCUCCAUCCGCCCGACACGCAUACUCCCGCUCCUCCAAUUCAUCGCGCAGACGCUCUGGCGGCACCUCUUCGGUCGCCCGGCCGACGCGCUCGAACGCAGCGAGAGCGACGCGGGGCAGUACAUGCUGUACGACAACGAGCCGCUGGUCAACCAGUAUAUUUCGCUGCCGAGGGAGAUGAGCCAGUUGAAUUGCGCGGCGUUUGUGGCGGGGAUCGUGGAGGGGGUGUGUGAUGGGGCGGGUUUCGCGACGGAGAGCGUUACGGCGCAUAGUGUUGGGGAGCAGCAGGCGGAGGGAGGGGGAACGGGAGGGGGAGGGGGGAUGUGGCCUGGGAAGACGGUGUUUUUGAUUCAGUUUAAGCCGGAGGUGCUGGAGAGGGAGGAGAUUCUUGGGAGGGGCGGCGGUUGAUGAAGGAUGAGGGGUGUGAGGCGAGGAGGAAAUGCGUGGAGAGUGAACGUUAGAGAUACUACCAGAGCUCGAUAUAUCGGGCUCAUGUAUGCCUAUUAUGGUAUGAUAAACCAAUUGCUAUGAUCAAAGGCAUCCAAACCCCUUGAACCGGUCUAUUCAUAUCACAUCCAUCAGCCCG